AUGGCAACUUUCCGGAUGUCCUGCGUCUCCAUUCAACGCUUUAUCGUCGCACUGCUGUUUGCAUUUCAAGUUCCACCAAUUAUGUCAGUUGCAUCAUGGGUUAAUGUUGGCACGACUACAAGCAUGCAGUGCGCAUCGACCUCACCCAAUAGUCUCAGGUUGCUACAGUGGAGAAACAGCAGCUUUGAUGUGACUGACUUUAGGAUGUCGGAUAUCCUCAUAGACUUUACUCCCACACCUACCCAUAAUGUGUUAAACAGAGAUCCUGCUCAUUACACCUUUGAUAAAGAUGAUACUACAUAUCCACUAACAAUCAAUACAGUCACAUUUGAUGAUGAUGAGGCACGAUACUGGUGUGUUGUCAACUCAGCGAUAGAUGGUGAAAGACAUGUCUACUUCGACGUAAUCGUCGUAGUUCCAGCAGAUGUACGAGAUAGAUUAUAUGUUGUUCAGUCUGGCUCGAAUAUAACCCUGCAGUGCGCACCAACCUCUCCCAACAGUCUCAGGUUGCUACAGUGGAGAAAAAGCGGCUUUGAUGUUACUGACUAUAGGAUGUCUGAUAUCCUCAUAGACUUUACUCCCACACCUACCCAUAAUGUGUUAAACAGGGAUCCUGCUCAUUACACCUUUAGUAAAGAUGAUCCUUCAUAUCCACUAACAAUCAAUACAGUCACACUGGAUGAUGAGGCACGAUACUGGUGUGUUGUCAACUCAGUGACAGAUGGUGAAAGAGAAGGCUCAUUCGACGUCCGAGUCAGAGUCACACCGUUACCACCGGAAAAUGUGUCCGUUGUUCAGGGUUCAGUCACAGCGACAUCUGUCACAAUAACUUGGCGUCCUGGCAUCGACGUCGGCGAACAUAAGUGGUUUUAUUUCAACAUCCGGGAAGUUGACACAACGACAGGGUUUGAUCCCAACACUCGGGUGAGAAUCUCCGAUGGCGUCGUGAUGCACGUGAUUGAUGGUUUGAGUCCGUACACCAAGUAUGAGAUCGAGGUUUAUGCUGAGAAUGCUUACGACGUAAGCCAAAACGUCAGAAGGACUGUGACAACUCUACCUGAUACGCCAGAAACGUUAGAUAUAUCUGUGACCACAAAUCAAGAGAAUGGAAUCAUCUCAGUUGAUGGCAUUCCUCAAGAUGGCGACACCUCGUCGUGUUUGCGGCUUGAAACACGUCUAACCAAUCAAGAUGAUUGGUUUUACUACGGCGAGUGUCUUGAGACAAACACAGACUUGGCUCUACGCGAGGCUCGAUCUAGAUACUGCUAUGGAGACUUGUGUAGUCAAGCGACUACCGCAAAAACAGUUGUGGGACAGUCGAGUAAUGCAGGAUUGAUCGCUGGCAUUGUGAUUCUGGCCAUCGUUUCAAUAAUCAGCAUUACACUGAAUGCUGCGAUAAUUAUGUAUACCAAAAGAAGAGGACUAAAACGAGGUAAUUGUAAUUGUUUCCCCAGGAAAUUCAAACCAGAAGACAAACGAGGGGUGAUCAACGAAGCAGUGGAAUACCAAGACUUGGACGUGCCCCUACAAAUCAUGGCCGUAGGCGGGAGCUCCAACCCAGCUGCAUCGACUUACGCCAGUAUUUCUGAAACUCUCGCGGAGUUCUCGCGAGAAAAGCUGACGAUCGUUCGUGAACUUGGACAAGGCGCCUUCGGGAGGGUUUUACUUGGGAAAGCCAACGGUAUCGUCCAGCAGGGAACUGUAACGCAAGUGGCUGUCAAAACUGUAAGAGACGACGCGGAUGUCACGCAGCGACGCGAUCUUCUCAGGGAAUUGGACUUCAUGAAAAAGCUUCUGAGUCACUCUAAUGUCGUCAAACUCUUCGGAUUUUGCAUUGACAGAGAUCCAAUUUAUAUCAUCAUGGAGUACAUGUCCAAAGGUCAACUCAAGGAACUCUUGACGAGUAGUCGAGGCAAAGGCAAGUUGCAGGUGUAUAGCAACCUGCACGGUAGAAGCAAAUCUCUGACAUCUAGGGACCUCAUCAAGUUCGCUGCAGACGUUGCUGAUGGAAUGGCAUUCCUGGCUUCACAGCAGUGCAUUCACAGAGAUCUGGCUGCUCGUAAUGUCCUUGUGGGUGAGAACAUGAUCUGUAAGGUGUCUGAUUUCGGACUCGCCCGUGACGUCAAGAAUAUGAGAGUGUACCAACGGAAGUCUGAGGCUCGGUUACCUAUUCGUUGGAUGGCCCUGGAAUCGGUUGUUGAUGACGUGUACACAGCAGAGAGUGACGUAUGGUCCUAUGGCAUACUUCUAUGGGAGAUUGUUACUCUUGGUGCUCGUCCUUAUCCCACCAUGAGCUUCAAGACAAUGAUAAGCAAGCUGCAGGAAGGAUACCGCAUGCCAAGACCAGAACAUUGUCAAGACGAAUUGUACCAAAUGAUGCUGGCUUGUUGGGAGGAGGAGCCCACAGCACGACCGUCGUUCACUGAGAUCGGUAGGAAACUUGAGAAAUUGCUGGAGGGAGCGCAUGAUUACAUAGCUCUGUCAGACUACCAAGAAUUUGACUACGAAGUGACGAUUCCCGAUUCACCUGAUGAGAAGAUCUGAAACAUUGAAGAUCAUACUUUACAGGGGAAAACAGCGAUAACAACUAGAAUAGUAUUAUCAAACUUGCUACUAUUACAUAAUAACGCAGAAACUAUAAUCCCAACGGCAGUUUUACUUGUACAAAUGUAUGCCAUUAAUGGCCCAACACAAUCAAAAUGCUCAAUCAUGGCGCGUUAUUUUGCAGUGUAUCACGAGGUGUCCGAUUUUUCAUACUAUCGCACCAUUGUUAGUCUAUGAUGUUGGUUUUUUAAUCUUGU